GGGCGUACUCGCGACUGACUCCGAGUAUAAACUGUGCGUAUUUCACUUCCUCGUGUACAUGCAGUUUGUGGACAGACACUACACAAGUCGUGUGUUUCAGUGCUGGCGCUGGGUCCGUUUGCAGCCUUUGGAAUGACUACCCACUGGUGGACGAUUGUGCUGGUGUGCUUUGGACUGAUGAAUAGCAUGGUAGACAUGAGAAGCACACGACAACAUACACAAGGUCGAGUUGUCGAAUGUCACUGUCGCAACAAGCCCUGUAACGCCACGGGAUACUGUAGCGGAAACUGCGACACAGGCUGGUAUGGAGACUACUGUCAAAAACAAAAUGUCGCAUUAAAUGGCACAGCGACACAGAAGGGCACUUACCAUGAGUCGAGUCAGAAGACAUAUUACAGGCAUGUAUAUUUCAAUGCUGGUUUGGCUCUUGACGGCAACACCAAUACAACAUUGUACUCUCUGACAUGCACACAUGCUGGAUCCGAAAGAAAUUCAUGGUGGAAUGUGGCACUUUCAAACGACCAUCAGAUAAAAUACAUCACAAUCUACAAUCGGAGAGAACGCCCCGACAGACGGAGAGGAAUGGAAGUUCAGGUGGGCGGGAAGCGAUGUUUCAAAUGGGAAAAUACAUCUUAUCCUGAUACCGUCUGGAAUGUUACCUGUGACAAAGCUGUGACAGGAAGAAAUGUUACAAUAAGAACUCCUUCAUACUCUCUCAGCCUAUGUGAAGUACAGGUGUUCGUUUGUAGUGACUUCUGGUUUGGAAAAGAGUGCGACAAGCAGUGCAACUGUUUCAACGAGACGGAGAUAUGUGAUAAAGUAGAAGGUCAGUGCACAAGCGGAUGUCCACCAGGGUUUAUUGGAACAGAUUGUCUUCAAGAAUGUGUAAAUGGCACCUAUGGCUCGAACUGCACUUUCUCGUGUGGACACUGCGUGAACAACACCUUCUGUGACAGAACUGACGGCAUCUGUCCCCACGGCUGUGACGACGGGUGGACCAACGCUACAUGUGACAAGGCUUGCAAUGGCACAUAUGGUAAGGACUGUAUGGAGAAAUGUGGACACUGUAACGGAACUAGCUGCAACCACGUCGACGGCACCUGCCCCAACGGCUGUCUGCCGGGUUGGAAUGGAACGACGUGUCAUGAUCAGACUGAGCGUGAAGGUAAUGCAAGCUGAGCAUCCAGUUGGAUAUGAACACAUGUGAGCAGUUGUAUGUUACCCAAGACGGAUGAACUGUCGAAAAGGCGUAACAACAUGACAUUCCAAGAAAACAUGUAAAAUAGUUUCUUCUCUAGCAAGACAUCAACUGCAUUGAUCAUGAUCAAUAAA